AAACACAACAAACAAAUAAGCAACAGACUAUUAGCCAAUCAGCUGUUUGGAUUUAUGACGUGCUUUACCGAAUGCUUCCUAACCUCAUUGUUAUUAUUACACAGCUGUUACAAGUGAAUAAUUAUUAUUCAUUCAUGGCAGAAUGGAGCACUAUUAUUCCUGUGAUAUAAUGGAAGAAAAUCUCAAUACACAAGACCUAGAAGUACCUACUGAUGGAAAAGAACGAGAUGAACUAUUAAUUGAAUUGAUUAGAACACAUCCUUGUGUAUACAAUAAGGCAUUGAAAGAAUACAAAGACUCCUUAAUGAAGGAAAAUGCUUGGCGGGAAAUCGCUACAAUAUUAAAGAACACUGUGGGUGAGGUGCAAAACCGUUGGUUGCGAAUACGGCAGCGCUAUUCUAAAGAGAGGAAACUGAGAGAAAGAGAAGGUAGAAGUGGAAUGCCCGCUGCAAAAAGGAAGAAGUGGUUGUUGUUUGAUUUGCUGUGUUUUUUAGAAGAGAAUGUGGUGAAGAGGAGAACAACGGGUUAUACUUCAAAAGCAGUUGGUCAACAAGUGAUUGAGUGGGUAGAAGUGGAAGAUUUACAUGAUCAAACCAGUUUAAGUAACAGUAGCGAAGAUUCAGGUCCUUCUACUGACCGAAGUGUAUCCUCACCCACCGCAUGCUACACUCCACAAACGUUUACUAGGAAGCGUGCUAGUGGAAAAGAUCCAAUUGACGAUGCCAUUAGUCAGAUAUCGGCCGCAAUUCAAACCAUGAGAGACCAGGUAACUACGAGGCGUGAGACUGAAGAUGACGCUGCAAUAUUUGGCAGAUUAGUGGCUGCUGAAUUACGUAAACUCUCUGAACCAAAAGCAAAAAAAAUUAAACUACAAAUAAUAAAUUGUUUAUACACUAGUGAAGUUUAAAUAUUUAGUACUCGAUUUAGUAUAUUAUCCCUAGUUACUUUAAGA